CCCACCACCCACCCGGUUUGCGGUUGAAAGGUCUUCCUAGAGCGAGAACUCAGUUCUCGUUGUUCGCUACACACAUGAUGGCUGGGCUCUUGCCUCAGCACGUGCAGGACGUGUCCUCACAGAACUAUUCAGAGCCCAAACCGUCUCUUAGACUCAGUGUCAAAGUAACCAAAUGGAUGAAGACUAUUUUUUCAGAGAAGGCAACUCGCAACCUUUUCCUCUUCCUCAUCCUGAACCUCUCCUUUGCCUUUGUGGAGCUGCUGUGGGGGAUGUGGACCAACAGCCUCGGGCUCAUAUCUGACUCCUUCCACAUGUUCUUUGACUGUACCGCUCUCCUGGCUGGUCUCAUUGCUACCGUCGUGGCGAGAUGGGCCGCCAACGAGAAGUUCUCCUACGGGUACGUCCGUGCUGAGGUGGUGGCUGGAUUUGUAAACACUCUAUUUCUCCUGUUUGUGGCCUUUUUCAUCUUCGCUGAAGCUAUCGAGCGUUCCUUUGAGCCCCCGACUGUCAAUCACGAUCGGCUGAUGCUCAUCUCCGUCGCUGGAUUUGUGGUAAAUCUCAUCGGUCUCUUUGCCUUCCAGCACGGCGGAGCAGGUCAUGGGCAUUCUCACGGAGGAGGAGGAGGCCACGCCCACUCCAACGACCUUCACAACUCUCACUCCCAUUCCCAUUCUCACUCUCACUCCCAUCCUCAUUCUGCAGGGGAAGGUGGCUCCAAAAUCAUGCAAGGUAUAUUCCUGCACAUUCUGGCAGACACACUGGGCAGUGUUGGAGUCAUCAUUUCCUCUGCCCUCAUUGAUCAGUUCGGCUGGAUGAUUGCUGACCCAAUUUGCUCCAUGUUCAUUGCAGUUCUGAUCAUUGUGAGGUACAUACAUACAUACUACCCCUGCGGCGUAACAGUGUUAAGAAAACCUCAAAUAGUUUCACACUUUUUGGUGUCCAUCAGUAAUGUUAACGUCUUCUGUACAGAGCUCACUAGAGUAAUGGUUGUCCUCUUUCACGUGGUUUCUCCAUCCUUCAACCACUUAGUACACUUGUUCCAGCAUCACAGGUUUUGGCAGUGGACAAAAAACCAUCAUUACAACAGCAUAAUACAGACGCUGAGCACUGGAAUGCACAAGCACAUGUGCUACUGCACGUGAACAGUUUAUAUAUUUAAUGUUCCAACGAUUUCUUUUCCUACCUUGGUUUACACUAUUGUAUUAUGUUGUCUUGCAGUAUAAUUCCCCUGAUGAAAGACUCACUGGGUGUUCUGAUGCAGAGAAGUCCAUCCUCAUUGGACUACACUCUUCCCACCAGCCUACAGAGGGUGUACGAGCUGGAAGGUGUAGUUCAAAUGCACGACGCUCAUUUCUGGACCCUGUGUACCGGGACCUACUAUGGGACUCUGACUCUGGAUGUGAUGGCUGGGACAGACACUCGGAGAACACUGGCUGCUGCCAGGAACAUUCUUAUACAGGCCGGACUGACACAUGUGACCAUAGAACUCAACCAAAUGGACUGAUUAAUUAUCAUCACUCAUUCAUAAUUUAUGAUUUCUUAGUUGAUUAGUGGUAACCUCGCAGUAAUGGGGGCUGGGUUUACACUACAGUCAAAUGUUCAAUCUCAGUUGGCAGCUAUAUUAUAGUCAUGUUGCUGCAGUGGCAGAGGAAAUGGCCAGGUCCUGUC